ACGGCGACAGAAAAACGGCGCUCUUGCCAGGGCCCACAGUUUUUUCUCUGAUUGGCCAACGUGACAUGUCACGUGAACAUGGUCAUGUUGUCCCUUUUUCAACAAUGCUGCUUUCAAGCAAAUAAGUGACGUCAAUACAGGAGUUAUAUCUACUUGGAUUUUCUUCGAGAACGACAAAAUGAUGUAUAGUAGGCCUAGUCUUAUAAAAGAACCUGAACAUAAAGGCAUUUUAUGAACCCUGUUUGUGACACAGUGCUGGUCUACACGUUUAUUUAUGAAAGGGUUUGACAUUUUACGGAAAGUUAAUUGGCCAGAUUUAAUAUCUAUCGUGAAUUUGUUAAUGUUGUCACUUUUGUAUCACUUAACACAUAGGUAGCAUUGAAACUAAAAUGAACUAUAGUUGUUUUUUUAACGCCCUUUGCUGCUUCAGUGUUCAUGUUAUACUCAGAUAUUACACGCAUUAUUAUUUGAUCUCAGCAAAGCGUGUUCUGCUGGACCUGAAACAUAACAACAUUUCAAAUAUCCACCAUCUUUGUUUGGAUGCCCAUGCCACCAGUAUUCAGGUCACUGUUAAAGAAGGCGGACUAAAACUAAUCCAGAUUCAGGACAACGGUACAGGGAUCAGAAAAGACGAUAUGGAAAUAGUUUGUGAAAGAUUUACCACAAGCAAGCUCGAGAAAUUUGAAGACUUGAACGCCAUCUCUACCUAUGGUUUCAGGGGAGAGGCCCUUGCUAGUAUCAGCCAUGUAGCUCAUGUAACCAUAACAACCAAAACGGCAGAUGGAAAAUGUGCUUACAGAGCCAAUUAUUGUGAUGGCAAACUGAAGGCACCUCCAAAACCCUGUGCAGGAAACCAGGGGACCCAGAUCACUGUGGAGGAUUUGUUUUAUAAUGUCUCCACCCGGCGAAAGGCUCUGAAGAGCCCCAGUGAGGAAUAUUCCAAAAUUGUGGAAGUGGUGAGCAGGUAUGCAAUACACAACUCUGGGAAAAGCUUUGCAGUUAAAAAGCAAGGGGAGACGACAGCAGACGUGAGAACCCUGUCUGGUGCCUCCACUGUGGAUAAUAUCCGAGCAGUAUUCGGGAAUGCUGUGAGCAGGGAGCUGAUUGAAGUUGGAUGUGAGGAUCAGAAACUUGCUUUCAAAUUGAAGGGGUUCAUCUCCAAUGCUAAUUACUCCGUCAAGAAGUGCAUCAUCUUGCUCUUCAUCAACCACCGGCUGGUGGAAUCGAGUGCUCUUAAAAAAGCCAUAGAAACCGUGUACGCUGCAUAUCUUCCCAAAAACACGCACCCUUUUCUUUAUAUCAGCCUAGAAAUCGCUCCACACAACAUUGAUGUUAAUGUCCACCCCACCAAACAUGAGGUUCACUUCCUACAUGAAGACUGCAUCAUCGAGAGUAUCCAGAAACACAUUGAGAGCAAACUACUGGGGUCUAAUUCUUCUAGAACCUACUUCACACAGACUCUGCUCCCAGGCCUGUGUGUCUCCUCUGCGGACCCAAAACCCAGCAGCUCUGGGUCUGAGCCCUCUGACCGGGUUUACGCUCACCAGAUGGUUCGGACAGACUGCCGGGCCCAGAAGCUGGAUGCCUUCCUGCAGCCCAGCAACAGGCCUGUCCCAGUUCCACAGACUCAAUCGGCAUCUGCUGACCAGGCCGUGGACCCGAUGGAUAAAGCCAAAAAUGCAGCAGAGGAGCUGGAGGAUGUAGACAUGCUGGCUGCACUGGAGGAAGCUGGGCCUGGUGAAUUGGAGGAUAUGCAGGGCGAUAACCCUAGACCUUCUCAAAUGAGCUCUAGGAAGCGACCUCGCGUGGGCCAGGAGGGCGAGGAGGAGGAACUCACUGCGGCUUCCAUCCCGAGGAAGCGUAAGAUCAAACUCCACAGUGUGAAGGAGCUGCGGAGCGAAAUCACAGAGCGAGCACACGCAGGCCUGGGAGAGAUGCUGCAAAACCACUCAUUUGUGGGCUGUGUGAACCCGCAGUGGUCCCUCAUCCAACACCAGACUAAACUUUACCUGCUCGACAUCACCAAGCUCAGCCAGGAGCUGUUCUACCAGAUUUUGAUGUUUGACUUUGGAAACUUUGGUGUCUUAAGAUUAUCGAUGCCGGCUCCACUCUAUGACCUGGCAAUGUUGGCCCUGGAGAUGCCGGAGAGUGGUUGGUCAGAGGAGGAUGGGCCGAAGGAGGGCUUGGCCAAUUACAUUGUGGACUUCCUGAAGAAGAAAGCCGAGAUGCUGGAGGACUAUUUCUCUAUGGAAAUUGAUCAGGAUGGAAAUCUGACAGGCUUGCCUCUGGUCCUCGAUAACUACAUCCCACCGAUGGAGGGACUUCCCAUGUUUAUCCUGCGAUUGGCCACAGAGGUGAACUGGGACAGUGAGACGAACUGCUUCAGGGAUUUCUGCCAGGAGUGCAGUAUGUUCUACUCCAUCAGGAAGAGGUUCAUUGUGGAAGAAUCUCCUGCGGCACAGCAAAGUGGGGAGGAGCCAGGCUUCAGUGGAUGCUCUUGGAAAUGGAAUGUGGAGCACCUCCUCUUCAAAGCCUUCAGGACACUGCUCAGCCCGCCCAAGCACUUCACUGAGGAUGGCAGUGUCCUACAGAUUGCCAAUUUACCCGACCUUUACAAAGUGUUUGAGAGGUGCUGACACUACCACUCCUUCAGAAAGAAAUGUCUUCUGUGACUUCUUAUUGGAUUGCUUCAAGCUCGGUUCCUCUGUAGUUACUUCAGAAACACAGGAGAUAUACCCGGCUACAGACGGAUACACAUGGACACCUACAUUUACAGCUUCGGUUUCAAAACUGUGGUCUCACAGGGUCUGUUCUUUGAGGGCAACUGUUUCUGGACUUCUCAUCCUUUAGUGGUGAUGUAACAUAACUGCUGUUCAUUGCCUGACUGCUCUAUUAUUGAGUAAGAUAUAUUUUUAAAAUUUCAUUUAAAAAAUAAAUUUUUUGCAAUUAA